AUGGGGCCUGUCACUUUGUCAGGUUCUGCUUGUACAAGCAGCAUUGGUGCCAGCAAUGCAAGAUCAUGGGUCACAGGGGCGCGUACUGCCAGUCACCUUAGUUCAACAAAUCCAAGCGGAUCCACCAUCUCCUCUUUCAGCCUGCGGCUCACCUCUGAGAAUAAUCCACAGGAGCAGAGGAAGUACACAACCAUCCUCAUCGAUGGACUGGCUCGUAUUGUCACCAGCACUAAGCUGAGCCUUCUCAAUCUGGAUUGGUUCGAACGAUUGGGCUUGGCCAAUAACCUAGUCAGUUCCAUCUGCGACGCUCUACAUUCGUCGAAACUGAUUGGCGAACAGACCACGGACAUCAUCACCCGGUUUGCCUCGAUUUUACAACCCGGCUUGGGACACUGCUCUGCGACGGAGGCCACUCUCCGCCUCUUGCCAGACCCCAAACCGAUUUUCCGCAUCGUUGCCGUCUGCAGACGCUGA